GGUGAAGUAACUGUUCAAGUCUCACUGCAAAGACGUAAUUUAGAAAAAAAAAUUUUAGAGGAAAAAGUUGAUUGUGGGCAUAUUGCUGAUUUGUUGUGCUACACAGACUCAUACGAGAAGUUAUGUUUGCUAGCCUGUGAUGGCCCUCAUAAGAAUGAUAUUACAAAAAUGGCUUCAGACCAAUUCCAUCUAUCACGAUUAUUGAAAGAUUGCCUUGAUGAUAUGACAGUUAAAUACUUCAAUAGAGUAAAUAAUGAUGAAACGUGUUUGUACACCAUAGGCAUCCAGCUGGGUGUGGAAUCUUCGGGUUUGUAUACAAUGUGA